UGGCUGCUCUUGCUCACCAAAUCAAGCGCUUCCUCCGCCGCUGCCCAACAGCUCGCACCAAGCUCCCAUUCUCAUAGCAAAUCGUGCAGUUCAUCCUAAAUUACCAGCUCUCCUCGGCUUCUCUUCCUCCAAAUCGUCGGCGUUUCUUGAUCGACAGGGCAUGGCGACGACGGUGGACUGGCGCAGCUAUAGGCCCGAUCUUCCUGCGGCGAUGUACCGCAUGGUGGACAGCAGAGACCAGGUAAUGCACGCGUUCGCUCCGCCGACGGCGCAGGGCGCGGCUCCGACCAUCUCGUUCGCCUUCCCAUGCCCCGGCGCGGAUCAGAGCGCCGGCCUGCUUCGUGGCGCCACCUACCUCACUCCCGCGCAAAUCCUCCAGCUCCAGUCGCAGCUCCACCACGUGCGCCGGGCGCCGGGCGCGCCCAUGGCCGCGGUGGGGCAGCCGAUGAAGCGGCACGGCGUGGCGGCGCUCCCGGCGCGGCCGGCGACCAAGCUGUACCGCGGCGUGCGGCAGCGGCAUUGGGGGAAGUGGGUCGCGGAGAUCCGCCUGCCCCGCAACCGCACCCGCCUCUGGCUCGGCACCUUCGACACCGCCGACGAGGCCGCGCUGGCCUACGACGCCGCCGCCUUCCGGCUCCGCGGCGAGUCCGCCAGGCUCAACUUCCCCGAGCUCAGGCGCGGCGGCGAGCACCACGGCCCGCCGCUCGAUGCCGCGAUCGACGCCAAGCUCCGCUCCAUCUGCCACGGGGAAGACAUGCCGCAGAGCCAGAGCAAUGAGACGCCGGCGCCGACGCCGACACUGACGCCGAUUUCUUUCCCGGACGUCAAGAGCGAGCCAGUCUGCUCCGUCUCCGAGAGCUCUUCGUCGGCUGACGGCGAGGUGUCCUCGUGCUCCGACGUCGUCCCGGAGAUGCAGCUUCUUGAUUUCUCGGAGGCUCCAUGGGACGAGUCCCUGCUGCGCAAGUACCCGUCGCUCGAGAUCGACUGGGACGCGAUCCUUUCUUGAAUCAAGUUCAUGCUCGAUCCACAGCUCGUCCAAAGUGAUUACUUCUGCUUUCAUUAGGUUUGAUCGAGUAUUCGUGUGUAGCAUCAACCCCUCCCUGCUCUGCUUGGUUUUUUAAUGGCAUUGCCAGGAAGAAGGUUUUAUGUAGAAAUUUAAGUCUGUCAUGUCGUAGUUUGUGAUUCAAUAAAGAUACACUUUGGUAGUA